AUGACAGCCCUCCCUCCUUUCGGUGAUGCCGUCCCCCUCGGCGACCCCGCCUGGUACCAGGGCUUGAACACUCCAUUCUACAAGCCCACACAUGCCGCUUGGCGAAAGUAUGUGCGUGACUACUGCGAAGAGGUUUUGGAGCCCGUGCUGGAUGACUGGGAGCAGUGCGCGGUGAAGGGCAAAUUGGACAAGUGCCACGAGUACAUGCACCAGACCUACGCCGAAGGCGGCAAGCGGGGAAUUCUGGCCUGCGCCGUGGGCAAGCCUUGGCCCAAGGACUACACGAACUGCACAGCACCGGAGGAUUACGACAACUUCCACGAGCUCAUCGUGAUCGAC